CCGCGCCGCACCCGCCACUAGCCCGGCAUUUCUCGGCCGGCCGAGCUACACGCUUCCCGCCCUCCCUCCCUGUCUUCCCUUGGGCCGCUCCUGCGCUGCUCCUCCUCAGCCCGCUCCGGACACGGCCCCGGGGGCGGGAGGGCCCGCCCCGCCCGGCGGCGGCGGCGGCAGCAGCUGAAGGCGACCGGAGGCGGGCAGCGGCGGCGGCGAGAGCCCGCCGUGCCGGCGCAGAGGCGGGCCGAGGGGAGCGCUGAGGGGCGGAGCGGGGCCGCGCUGGGCGCCGACGUGCUGCGACCGACGGCGUGUGCCCGGGGAGCGGGGCGGCUGGCGCAGGCCGCGGUGGAGGAGGUGGCUGAAGGCGUUCACGGAGCGGUCUGGAGAGCAAGCGUUUGGAGCGGGGUUUCUGGCGGAGCUAGGGUGGCAAAACACAAAAGAACCUCAGGAUGUCUGUUAUUCAGCGAGGGACGGCAACACUUCGUAAAGCAAAGAAAAUCACUGUAAAAACAUGUCUAGAUAACCCCUUUGUUUUUCAGUGGAAAACCAUAGAUGGAGAAGAUAUGCAUUUUAUACUGCAGACUUUAGAAGAAAGGAUUAAACGUAUUGGACUUAAAAAGAUUGAAACUCCAAGAAAGAAAAAACGUUCCCUUACAAAAAAACAAAUGGAAAGAAAGUGUGAUGCUAGCACCAAUGAACUCCCUAAAGAAGAGGAAACAGGUGGCCAUCAACAAAAACCAGGGUGGACUGAUGUAAGUAUCAGAAGACAGCUUGCUAUUGGAAUUAAUGAAGUUACAAAAGCAUUGGAAAAAAAUGAGCUACUUCUCUUGCUGGUGUGCAAGUCUGCAAAACCUGCCAUGAUCACAUCGCAUCUUAUUCAGCUGAGUGCAAGUCGAGCCACACCAGCAGGCCAGGUUCCCCGUCUCAGUGAAACAGUUGCACCACUUCUUGGCUUAACAUCCAUUUUAGCACUAGGCUUUAAAAAGCAGUCUGAUAAAUUUACUGAAGCAAUAGAAGCAAUAAUUCCAAAGAUACCAGCUUUGGAAGUGCCAUGGUUUCAGUACAGAACUGAAGAAUCGGUGGCUUAUGCACAUACAGAUUCUUCAGGAAAUCAGGAACCCGAGCAGCUUGCAGAGGCACAGGGGGAUGAGCUCACAAGCCAGAAACGGAAGCGUUCGGAAAGCAAUCAGCUCGAUCUUUCAAAUGUAAUUUUGCAGCCUUUGAAAAUCAAGAAACUUGUUCCAAAUCCAAAUAAGAUAAAGAAACCACCUCGCAAAAAGAAAAAAGCUUUUUCAGCAUAACUGAUUUUAGUUUGGUUCUUCAUAUUAAACUGAUUUUUUUAAUGCAGCAUGGGGUACAGCUCGAACUGAAAUAUUUGUUAGGCUUUACAGUGUAAAGCACUUGAAUACAAGGUGAACUUUAUGUUGCAUUCAGUUGGGGUACUUUCUGCUUUAAUAAAGAAUAUUGCUCAAACUUGGGUGUGAGUCUUUACCUGGGGGGUAAAUAUUUCAUUUGCAGAGUUAAAAUCAGUAAUGAAUAUGCCGAUGUAAUUUAAGACAUCAUAAGUACA